GAUAGUUUGUUUCUGAAUAUCAAGUUCCGAUACUCCACACUUGUCUUGCAGAAGAACUUCACGCUAUGCCACUGUUGUGUUUUCUGAGGAGUCCCGAAAGACUUGUGAUCGAUCUUUCAGUGUCAGUUUCAUUCUGUCUUCCUUAUUCAUUCCCCAAGUUUGGGGAGAAAAAAUUGCUAAGCACAAGCUGAAGGUAUCUUGUCUAAUGCAGGCUUCCCAUAUUUGACUGAGAACCUUCCCGUAUCUAAUUAAGUUAAUAAGUGACCACUAGGUUUUUGGUAUUGGAUUUUGGGCUAGCUGUGAAAAGAAACAAUCUUUUGUGUGUUUUUGAUUCUACAUUGUCAUAAAGUCUUUGCUGCAGCCUUUCUGCUUGUUUUCCAGGUGCUACUGUGAGGUGCUUAUUGGGAGAGGAAGGAAGGUCUUUUGACUAAAAUGAAGACUGGGAACCAUGAGACAGCUUUCCACGUGAAGUCCUGGAAGUCGGAAGGAGACUAAGUAAUAGUGAAAUGACCCGUUAUGCAUUUGAGAAUACUGUGUUAGUCAACUUCCACUGAUGGCAUGUUGAAGUUUAGUGAACAGCAGCUGAGCGGGUGUGUGACUGGAAGGGGACUGCUCUAAAAGCUGGGCUUGCAGCAACAUGGGCCAGUGUGUCACUAAGUGCAAGAACCCUUCUUCCACCCUUGGCAGCAAGAAUGGAGAGAGGGAGUCCAGCAGCAAGUCGCACAGCAAAAAAAGUGCAGUCCACAAGGAAGAACACCCCUCAGUAUGUGGGAAAUCCUCUGGGGAUAUACUUGUCAACGGGACAAAGAAAAUGGAUGCUGCUGUAGAAUCUAGUCAACCUCCGACUUUCUCUGGUGAUGCAAAGAAAGAGCCUGUUUCUGGUGCAGAAGAGUCUUCACUCCAAAGGAUCGGGGAGUUAUUUAGGAGAUAUAAGGAUGAACGUGAAGAUGCCAUCCUGGAAGAAGGCAUGGAACGUUUUUGCAAUGACCUCUGUGUUGACCCCACUGAAUUUAAAGUGCUAGUCUUGGCUUGGAAGUUCCAGGCAGCUACCAUGUGCAAAUUUACAAGGAAGGAGUUCUUUGAGGGCUGCAAAGCAAUAAAUGCGGACAGCAUCGAUGGCAUUUGUGCUAGGUUCCCCAGCCUCUUAAAUGAAGCCAAACAAGAAGAUAAAUUCAAGGAUCUCUAUCGUUUCACCUUUCAAUUUGGCCUGGACUCUGAAGAAGGACAGAGGUCGUUACAUCGGGAAAUAGCCAUUGCCCUUUGGAAGUUAGUUUUCACGCAGAAUAAACCCCCUAUAUUGGACCAGUGGCUAAACUUCCUAAUUGAGAACCCCUCAGGAAUCAAGGGAAUCUCCCGGGACACGUGGAACAUGUUUCUAAAUUUUACUCAGGUGAUUGGACCAGAUCUUAGCAACUACAGUGAAGAUGAGGCCUGGCCUAGCCUCUUCGACACCUUUGUGGAGUGGGAAAUGGAACGAAGGAAAAAGGAAGAGGAAACCAAAUGUAUUACAUCUUCAGACACGGAGGGUCUGUGUCCAGAAGAACAGACUUAACAGCAUUUGCGCAGCAGUGACACAACCAGCCUGUUGCCCUUUUGUUUAGUGUAAACUCUGGACUUUUCUGGAAAUUACUGAGGCUCCAGAUUUUUCUACUUUACACCUUUCUCUGCCUUGUAUUCGAAAGGGCUCUAAAAUGCUGUAUCAUGUUUUAGGCACUUUCUUAAUUUUGGUUAUUCCUUUUACUCUUGUCCUGAAAUAUUUGACCCUGGCUACAAGUUAAACAGUUGUGGGGGUUUUUUGUUUUGUGUGUGUGUUUUUGUUUUGUUUUUUUUUGUUUUGUUUUUAAGCUUUCAGAUUAGUAAAUUGUCUGACAUUUCUUGCACAAUGUAGAUCUUUUUGUUAGGUUAAAUUAACAUUGCUAAAUUAUACAGUGCCAGAUUUUCAGUUUUGCGUACUACAUCUAUCAGGGCAGGUCUGUACUGUGUGUAGUGCUGUUUACAUUGUUGAAAUUUUAGGCUGUAAUAAUAAUUUUGAAGUUUUAUACCAGGAUGAAUAGCAGUGUUAACUGUUAACUACAAAUGCAUUAAUUCCAGAUAAUGGGGCUAGAAAAACAAUGUAAGCAACAGCUUUUUGUAAUACAGCUAACUCCCAUUUUAAGCUAACUCUCAGUAAAGUGAGUCCAGGUUAUUCCCCUUUUUGGUGAGUAUUUAACUAAAGCUUUGCCUUUUGUUUAUUAAACUAUAUUGUACUUGUCAGCCAAUUGAGUGCAAAAUAACACUUUAUAUCCAAAAUCAUUAGUAUGCCGCGCACAACAGAGCAGCACUACCUCAGUUUUAUUGGAAGUAGGUGUUCUUUAUGAACUUUGAUUUCUUUUGAAGUUGUAUUUUCUUGACUACAUGAAAAUACCUUUAUUUGCCUAGAAGAGCCAAAGGUUCUGCUUCUUAACAUUGGAAAACAUUAACAAAUGCAUAAUAUUGCCUCCAAGGAAAACUGUGGUGUAACUGCUUUAACUUGUUUGACUUGUACUGAAAAGUAUUAUCAACUUACUUGCCUGGCAAGUGCAGUAUGCCUGCACAGGAACCACCUCUGCAUUAAUGAUGAGAAACCAAUUUUUAAAACCUAUAUUUAAUUGCUAAACCAUCGCUAACGCUCCAUAUUCACUGGAGCAAAACCAUUGGCACCUGAUGACAAAGUGAAUUUCUUAAUGUGUUUUUAAUGACAGCAGUGUAGGCAAGUCAUUUUUAGAUUGAUUUAAUUAUGUUUAAAUAGGACUCAAUUUAUUAUUUUAAAUUACCUGUAUUGGGAUUAUUUACCUGUUGAAACUGUUGUGAUCUGAAAAGGGAGUUUUAUUAACACUGGUUGAAAUGGUUUUUUGGGGCGGUUUUUUUUUGGUUAUUGACGCUACCUUUUUUUUAAUUUUAGUAUAUCAGGUUUUUUAACACUUUUUGGUAAAAGGGAUAAUAGCUAAGGUUUCUGUCAAGCUAAACGUUGGCGCCAUGUAUAUUUGAUACACUUCCAUUAUACGUCUGUCUUUCAGACUAGCAUUUCCAGGUCAUAAAAUGGCUUCUAUUAAAAAAAAAACAACACAAAAAACAGCAAAACCCCAACCAAAUAAUGAUCAAUUUAGUCCAUAUUAUGUAGCUGCUUCUGCUGUAGGAUUUUUAAAGAUAAAUCCAAGUGAAGUCUUGCCACUGGCUCUGCUAACAUGCAGUCCAACGCACAUGCAGAGCUUCAAGGGCUCCCUGCGGGUGUCCCACCCACAAGGCCCUGGCAUAAUACUGGGGUGCCUGCGAGUGGAUCUCAGCAUUGGAUCUCUGGUUUAAGAUCCUAAUCACUAAACAGACCUGAGAAGCUAAAAGAGUCUUUAAAAAAAACAAACAAACAAGCUCAGACUUAAUCUUUUUCAUCCACUGUUAUGAGAGUUCAGUGCUUUUAUAAGCGACUGUUAGGAACAUGUGAAGUUGUCAGGGAAACAAGUGUAGGUCCUGUUUCAGGUGCAACUGAGGUCAUCAACUUUCAGAAGAAUUGCUGAGGCCUGAAUUUGUUUUUUGGUAGGUAAAUACACCCUGAAACUUUACCUGCACUUGUAUGUAGCUGUACCAGCUAAUCCUCCUAAUGAAGACAGUUAUAUCAGCCAGGCAGUGCUUUUGGUCAUUAUAGCUUAGUCUGGUUGGGUCAGCAAAAUUGAGCAAAACUCUCUUGCAAAAAACUGGUCGGGCUUUUGCUGGCACAGAUAAGAUGCAUCAUACCCCAACAAACCCUGCUCUGCUGCCAAAAUUUCUGCGUGUAUCUGGUUUGAGAGCAAACGUGGAGGCUCUUUCUUUGUAAGUUUAAGGCUACACAUGCAUUCUGUUAGGGAUUCUGUCUUGUCUAGUUUAUUUGAUCACUUCACUUCCUCCUAAGAAAACUCAGUGUGAAGACAGGCUGCUUAGUGUGUACUGCCUGUGUGUGCACACAUACUUGUUACUAGCAAUGCACAUAAUACUGCAGUGCAUCCAAAAGUUAAUUGCCAUGAAACUCAAGUGCAUUUUAAGGAAAAUGCAUUUAUCUUGUGGUCUGGCCUGACUGGAUUAGGACAAGGAGCUAAAUGUAUAGUACACCAAUGCCUGACCAUUCAGUACUUCUGUGGAGCUGCCCCUAGCGCUCUACCUUGGCGAACAACCCCAUAUUCCACAUGAAGGGGAGAAAUUUUGUUUUUACAGUGGGAUGGAGUGCAAAUCUGGGUGGCUUGGCUCCUAUGCUGUCCUAACAAAAUGAAGGCUUUGUUCUGUCUGAGAGCCACCUAGCAGGAAUCAGUUUGGGAGUAAAAAGCUUCUAACACUAGCUGAGUGGAUUUAUCCAGAAAGGAGCUGUCAUUUGAAGUUGAGAUUUAAAUUCUUCUUUUAGCUUGACAAGAGACACAAAACAGUCAGGGCUGUCACUUUAAACUUGAUAUGGGCCGGGAAUGACAAGAGCUAAGUGUAAUGAUGUGUUCUUGGGGUUGUGCAGCACUUACACAAUGGCAUGCAGGAGGCAGUGUCAGAACUUGCUCUGGAUUGUCUACACAUCCAAACUAACUUGCUUUUUAUGUCAGUGUAUCACCCAUGGGAUUGGGGUUCUGUACAUGUUUCUGGGAACCAUUCGUUAACAUUGGAGCCUUGGAAAUCCGCUUGUUUAAUGGUUGAACUGUGAAUUUCUGUGGAAUAGGCCAAAUAUUGACACACUUUCAUUUUUAUAUCUAUUUUAAUCUUGAAAGUGUAGAGGGGGUUAUAUGGGCAUGAUGCUGAUCAAAUUUUCAAAACCAUUAGAAUUAUUUUUGUGUUACUCAUUUGGAAAAAAACAACAGAUAAAACUUGAUGCAUGAAAUGAAACUGCUGCAUCUUGGGGUAAGUAGCUGUAGAUAUGCAUUUUGACAGUUUUAGUAAUAUACUGGAAAACUGGUCUGAGAUCCAAGCUCUGUGGCAUUUUAUUGCCUUCCCUUUCACACUUGAUAUGACUUGUGUGGACUUCAGUGCCCCAAUCCUGAUCAAUAAAUACUUGAGUUUGGACAGCUUCCCAGUAGUGUGGUUCACAACACCUUUUGAAUUCAACAUCCCAAAUCUGUUGAGGCCUGACCCUGCAGCUCCUUUGACUUUGUGGCAAUACUUGCAUGAGUCAAGAUGCAUGUAAGGAUCAGCAGGAUCAAGGCCAUAGAAUUGCAGUCAGGACCAUGGGAAUGUAUUCAAGGAGACUGUGUUGAAUUUUGUGAAUCUGUUUGUUGCUAGUGAUGUUGUAAAUGGGGUGUUUAAUAUGGCACCAUUGUAACACAAUAACCAGAGGAAAAUGGAAAGCUAAGCCUCUGGUAGAUCACUAGAAACAGUAACUUGUCAAACCUGAAUUUUCCAAAAUGUCUGCAAACCAGGAGUGUUGUCCUUGGUAUUGAUAGAACACUGUCAAUAUGAAUAUCCCAUUUCCAUAAUAUAAAAUCUCUAACCUUCAUUUACAAACAAAUAUGCAACAAAGUCCAACAAGGAAAUGCUGUCUUGGUAUUUAAAACUGCUUCACCUUUGACAUCAUGUUUGUCCACUGAAACAGUCUUUCCUUUUCAUAGGCACUGACUGCCUUUUCCACUUCUAGGUCUUGCAGCCUUGUGUCCUAAAGCAUGGUGUCAACAGUGCUUUCAGUUUGGGAACUCAACCCUGCGGCUCACUUACAAUGAAACGGGCAUGCUAAAAAUGCACUUCUGGUGCUACAUCCAUCAGAAUUCUUCAUUUUACUGUUCCACUAAGAUUUAUUUAUUGAAAAAUAACUUGUGUCAAUGCUGGAUAUCUGUUGAAGUUAGCUGUUAAUUUAAUGUCGGAGCCUCUGGAUCCAGACGGUCGCUCUGCAAUGUAAAUAAUUCACCAGACUCUGACACAGAAGGCUGUAACUCAAUUCACCUUGUAGUAUGUGGGCACUCAUUAGAUAUACUGACCAGUUACUGUUCUUUUAGGAUUCUGUCUGCAUAACUGCUGCAUCAUUAUAUUGACAUAAGUUUGAUACUAUCUGUUUCUUAAGUUCACUGCAGUAUUUGGUAUACUGCUAGUAUUUUGCAUGUGACUGACCAUUCCCAGGAAUUAAAAAACCAACAACAAAAGUCCAGCUGCUGGACAAAUUAAGGGCACUCCAGAUGUUUUGUUCCAGAAAGUAAGAGUGAUUUGAGCUACUGUGUGGUAAAAGGCUUUUGCUUGUGGCUCUUCCCUGUUGCGGCUAUCCUCAUGCAGAGGAUAGUGAAAAGCCAUUUCCUAAGAGUGAACUAUAGACCUUUUUCAGUCUAUUCCUUUGAAAAUUAUAAUCUACAACACCAUGGGGUAGCAUUUCUUCAGAGGAAAAAUAUUACUCUCUGGUUCCAUGUUAGGCUGCAAGUGCAGCAUUUUUUGUAGUUCUGUUUAAUUUAGCUUAAAAAUCUAUGUCCAUCCUCCAUGUCUUCCCAAGACCAAUGCCUUGUUCAACACAGAUUUAUAUUUCGAGCAAAGGUGAAAAACUGGCCUGAUGCCAUCUUCAGGAAGCUAACUCCUUGGUUUGGCAAACAAUGCACUUGGCAGUCGUUUUCACAGGCCACAACUAUCUGCUUCCCUGCUCAAAACCAAUGUACAUUUGAUGCAGGUGUGGUUGUGCAAGACUUUCUCCAAACCAGAGUAAGAAUGCCUUCCCUCAAGGGAUGUGCAGCUCCUGCUGACCUGAAGCAAUAGGCUGUGGGGGCUUGAAAGACUUGUCUUGCAAGCAGCUUGCCUUAAGCAAUUGAAUUUAUAGCAGUUCUUCACUACUGUUGUAAUCCUCUGCCUUUCCGGGUAUUUGUUUUUAUAAGCCUAAACUCUACGGGAGGCUGUACAAUGUUUUUUAACUCCUACCUAUGCAUAAUUGCACUCUUUCAAGAAGCCCUCUGAAUAUUUUCAGGAAACUUUAUACACAGAUAGAGGAAAAAUAUCAUUCUUCAGUGGUCAUGCUCUAACAUGAAUUUUUACUUAAGUUGUGUUUUAUGAGCUAAGUUACCUGCUGUUGAAUAAAUAUGUUUACUUGACUUUGCCAUUCAUGCAGUUACAGCUGCUGGUUCUUGUUUUGCUGUCCUGGGGUUGCUAAAGAGGGCAGGUUGUGCGUGACAGGUGACAAUCUACAUCUAAUACCAGUAGAGUGCAAGGCUGGCUACUGAUAGAGCUACAUCUUAUGCUUUCUCUUCUGAAAGGCUGUUUUAACCACAGAUUGUGAAGGGAUGGACUGGAAAGGGCAGGAGCAAAUUGAGGCCAUAAUUCUGUUUACGCAUCCAUCCUAAGAAAGCAAUGCAGUUUGCAGGCUUGGGCCCUCCAUCUGCAUUGUGAGUCCACAUUGCUGCUACAGGCCUCCAGACUGAUGCAUCGCCGUGUAUGCGAGGGGGUUCCAAGAACAAGGUCGAGGAAGCAGGUUGGGAGUGAAACGAUCUGAAGAAAAGGAUAAUGGUGUAGUUUGUUCUCAAAAUACUUAACAUUUAGGUGGAUCUGAGCCCAAUAUAGUCUUAAUUUGCCCAAGAAGAAUACUUUUUAUAUAGUUUAUUUACCUCCAGGGAAAUAAUUUAAAGCAAAUGUAAAUUUGUACAGCUUUGGACAGUCAUGUGGCUUUCACCUAAGUCACAUGCACACUUCCUGGCUUAACUGAGCUUGGUUCUUUAGUGUGUCUAACUUUAGGUGUUUUACACAAGAAGUAGUAGGGGUUGUUGUCAAAGGUGGGGUAAGAAUCGUGACAACUGCACCUCAUUGCUACACAAUGUGCCUGCUGUCUUUCAGAUUUGUCUCCCAAGCUGUCCAGUGUCCUGUCUUGCAAGGUUUUGCCACCGGGAAAGGAUGAGUGUGGUGUCUGUCUCCUGUCUCUGGAGUCUCACUCUUGUAGGCAAAAUGCUGUCUGAAGCACUUUGGAAACUGAAUUAGGGUGUUUUUUACUUCAUUGCAUUUUCUUUUAAGGGUCAUGGCCAAUUUGAUACAGUCAGUUCAGGAAAACUUCCAGGUCCUACACUUGCUAAUUUUGAGUUCCUUUGCCAAUAUGUAUGGCUUUACCAUUACUUUCUUACUGAAUUCUUUUAGCUGUUGUUGCUGUGCAGAAGUCCAACAGAAGAAAUGUAAGUCUCCUAGGCCAAAUGUUGUUAAAUGCACAAAGCCAAUGAAAGUGGAGGAUCUUUGAGUCCUAGCAAAUUUGUGUAGCCCUGAAGUUGACUGUGUCCUUUUUUAUUUUUAUUUUAUUAAAAUAAGAGCAUUAAAUGCAGCCUGGUUAUCUUAGUUCACUUUCUUUUCACUAGUUCAUUCAUUGCUGACUUCUAGAACUUGGCAGAUGUAUAGCUAAAUAUUUCAGUGGUGUUUUUUUGUCUUAAUCCAAUGGGUUUUUCAUCUAACCUGUGAGGUUUCUAAGGUAAAUUCUUUCGAUUUUAAAUUACUGAUCCCUUAAAAAACCUUCAGUCACAGUGUAUCUCCACUACUGUAGGUUUGUCAUUGUUUCACAGUCCCUUGAUUUCCUGCAUUCCAGUAAGACUCAGUCCACUGGAAAGGGAAGUUGAAGAAUUGCUCUCUGCUUUGCUGAGCGAUUGAGUUCCAUUUGGGUGUUUGUAAUGCGCACUUUGGUGUUCAGUGGUUUGUGUGUAAAGCUUUUUGUACAAAUGUCUUAUUUAAAGUCUAAGUCCUUUUUACAUGAAUUUGCAAUUAAAGGGAAAACUUUUAUUUUUUUUCCUAUC